AUUAAUAAUAAAUUCGCCUUGAGGUUAACAGUUGACCAAGGUGGAUUUAUUGAAUUCGCCUUGCGCUUGACAAUCCAUUCCAUUUCUAUCUGUUUUGUUGAUUGUCAGCACUAACAACUGCACACCAUAUAAGAAUCGCGUUUUUUAAUACGGUGAUCACAAAUUAAUUUGAAAAUAAAAUGUCUCAAAAAAGUGUUAACCCGAUUAAUAUCCUGAAAAGUAUCUACCAUAAUGAAUUCCAAUGGUCCGUAUUGAAGAGUUUCGGACUUUUUCUACUUGGCGUUCGUAUGGCAAAAGAAUUUACAGGAUUGGAAAUAAUGCCCGCGAUAGCGCAUAAUUAGUGUGUCAUGAGGUUCUGAAUGAAACCUUCCAAGGAUGUAUAUUAUAUAGUUAUUACUAAAAUUAAACCAAUUUAUGUUUAAAAACCAUA